AUGGAAUCUUCCUCCAGACGUGUGGUCAUCAAUGUUGGUGGCGUCAGGUUUGAGACCUAUGCCAGCACAUUGCAGUCUCUCCCUGGUACCAAGCUAGCCAACCUUUCCGAGACAGUUCUGAGUAGCGCAGAUGACUGUAACCCUCAGCGCUAUGAGCUAUUUUUCGAUCGGAAUCCCAAAGUGUUUGCGUACAUACUGGAUUACUACAGGACAAAGCAUCUCCACUGCUCAGAUAACAUGUGCAAGUCAGUGCUGAUGGAGGAACUGAGGUUCUGGGAGGUCAGCAGGGCCCAUCUGUCCCAUUGCUGCUGGCUGAAGAUAAACAGUAAGUCCAGGGAUCUGGAAGACUUUAUCUCCUGGGAUGAGACUACACAGAGUGAACAGCAGCAGCUUCUCAGCGAUACGGGCAGGGUAGAUUACAGCUGGAGAGCGCGGUGGCAGCCCAAAGUAUGGUCCCUCUUUGAGAAGCCCUUCUCUUCUCUGCCUUCCAUGUGCGUCACUGCCAUCUCCAUGCUAUUUAUCAUUGGAGCAAUAGUGUUCUUCUUUGAGGAGACCAAGUAUCAUUUUAUCUACGUGUUUAAUCACACCGACCUUGACACUUAUCAUUCUUUCCUACAAGAACUGGACUCUGGGAAAGUGUUAUACUUGUUCUAUCUGGAGUUCGUCUGCGUUUUGUGGUUCGUAUCUGAGUUUUGCACACGUCUCUUCUUCUGUCCGGACAAAAAGGAGUUUCUGAAGAGUCCGUUGAACUGGGCAGAUUUCAUCUCGCUAUUCCCAGUGUUUAUUCAGCUGAUGACGAAAGGUCAGGAGGAGGGUAUGGAAAUCCUGUGGAUUAUCUUGGGCUUUUUACGCUCUGUAUAUGUCAUUAAGCUACUCCGAUUCCUUUUGCUCAUGGAAGGCAGCCUCGUUCUGAAGGUCCUUUCUGGGACCCUCUGGGCAAUCUCACGGGAGAUAUUCAUUCUCCUCAUCAUCUUGGCUUUGGAGACCCUUUUCUUCGCUAAUUUGGCAUUUCAUGCGGAGAUGUUCACUGUAGAACCCGACCAUCCAUUUGGCCAUAUAUACAACUGCUGCUAG